AUGGACUCGAGCCACGAUGAGGGGAGCUUGCUUUGCCCGCCUCCGUCAGCGCUGGAGAAGGAAUUCUGGUGCGUGGGCUGCAAGAAUGAAUCGCCCAACCUCAAGCUGCUCACCUGCCUCCACACCUUGUGCCUCAACUGCCUCAGCAACAACAAGCCCAUCGGGCAGUGCCCUAUGUGCCGGACCGCCAUCCCGGAGGCCAGCGGCAUCCCCGACCGGGACAACCUCCUCUUCUCCAGCUUGCAGGCCAGGCUCAACAUCUACAAGAAGAUCCGCAGCAAAGGCGGCUUGGGCUGCUGCCGGUGCCAGAAGGAGGCGGCAGCCGUGUGGUGCUCCGAGUGCGAGGAGUUCCUGUGUCUCUCCUGCUUUGAGGCCCACCAGUGGUUCUUCAAGAAGAGGAGCCAUGAGGCCAGGAAGUUGGAUGACCUGCGGGCAGAGUCGGAGCAUCAGUUCCUGGAGAGCACCAGGAGAUCCUGCAGCCUCUUCUGCUCCAGCCCUGGUCACAACAACCAGGGCCAUGUCACCAGCAUCUACUGUCGGCGCUGCGAGAAGCCACUGUGCUGCUCGUGCGCGCUGCUCGACAGCCAGCACUCCCGGUUCUACUGCGACAUCCGCAGCGAGAUCCAGCAGCGGCAGGAGGAUCUGGCUGCCCUCAGCCAGGACCUCAAGAAGACAAGAAGCAGUUUCGAGGCCGCCCACGAGGCCCUGCAGGCCAAGGCGGCCCGCCUGGAGCAGGGGAGCAGCGAGAUGCAGCAGCAGAUCCCGCAGCAUGCCAUGCCCCUGACUGUCCCGCUGGUCGAGGCCCUUGAGAACAACUUGCAAGAAGAGCCAGGCCAGCUCAGGAGCGAAGGGACGGUGCCCACCAUCACCAUCAGUCUCGGGGACAUGGAGGAGAGCACGGACCCCCCGGCCACCACCGCACACCCCAAGCGGAGGUCGCACGUCAUGGACCGGGACAGCCAGACCUCAUCCAAGCUGCUGAAGCUGGAGCGUGACCACGAGCCAAGCCACAGUGGCACCAGUUUAAACAUGAGGGAUGGCAGGGGUGGACCCAGCACUGCAGCACCGAGCCAAAACUGCAGCAGCACCCCUGCCAACAGGAGCCACAGUGACAACACAGAGACCAGCAGCAUCAUCAUCUGCAGCUCGGAGGACAGCGAGGAAGACACGGUGGUCUUCGGGGAGCCCGGUGGCCCCCAGAGCAAUGGGAGCAGCAAAGCGCAGGGCAGUCCUGGCACCGCCAGCCCUGGCACUGCCAGCCCCUGGGGCCAUGGGCCAGGGCUGAGCACCCUCGUCUUCUUCCACUUGGAGGUCGACCCGAAAACUCAGCAGAUCACGGAGAUAGCGGCAGCCAACGGAGAUCACACCUUCAAGACCCUCAUCCAGACACCCGAGUCAGUGCUCACGCUGCUCUCUCAGGGGGUCCCCUUGGAGACAGCAAUGGAGCAGCUCCUCUGGUACCUCUGCUCCGUUCCCAGGCCCAUCCUGGUCACCUACAACUUCUGGGCACCAGAGCUGCCCGCUCUCUUUAAAGCCCUGGAUGUUACGGCCAGGAAGGUGGACUUCUGCCACACCGUGGAUGGUUACUUGGACAUGUUGCCCUUGAUCAAAGAGAAGGUUCCCAUGGCAUCUUCCUACAAGCUGAAGAAUAUGGUGAGAAGAUACCUCCAGCAGCAGCUGAACAAAGGCAAUGCUCUGGCCACCACCAAGGCGCUGCAGACGCUGGGGGAAGUCCUGGAGCUCUUCCCCCAUCCCGACCCAGAGCCCGUAUUGACGCACUGCAACCUGCAGAGUUACACGAUCCUGCAGAGCCUGGUGCAGGAGAAGCUCCUCACCAGGAGAGCUGCCAAGGUCCUGGCCAGGCGCAACCUCAUCCUCUGGGAGCUGGAGCAGGUGUAG